AUGCCACCCAAGUCAAAAAGUUUCCUGAAGCCCAAACCUAAGACCAAGGCCAAGGUCCAGGAGCCGCAGUCCGAAAAUGACUUCCUUGAAGCUGCAGAUGAUCACGAGCAAGCAGCGGGCAAAUGGCGUGCUGGUGACGCUGCAAAAGCGACGAGAUUUUUCAACCGAGCUAUCGACGCGUACAACGAAGGCCUGAAAAGAUAUCCAACAUCUUUUGAUCUGGCAUACAAUAAGGCGAAUCUUGAGUACAGCAUCACAGAGGAUGAGCGCAUCGUGGCUCAUUUCGGUAACAAGACAGCGCUGUUGGAAGAGACACUAAACUCGCAUCGUUUUGCUAUCUCCCUCAACCCAACCAACACCGACAUCUUGUUCAACGCUGCACAGGUCUUGACUUCUUUAGCCGAAGCAUCACUGGAAUCUGGAACCCAGGAAACCAAGAAAGGCCCAGCACGAGAAUUACUUGAGGAAGCAGUCAUGAUAUUCACAAGAUGCCUAGAGAACCAACAGCGAGAGUACGAACAGAUGCAAGCCGAGAUCGCCAAAGCUCAAGCUUCUGGGGAGUACCAAGAAGCAUGGGAAGGCGGCAUAUCCUUGAACACUGCUCAAGCAGAUGAAGAAGAAGCCGAGACAGGUUCAAGUUCGUCAGAGGCACCUGGCGACUGGGCUACCGUUGAGGAACUUCUCACUCCAGAAACUAUACUGGAAACAUGUACAGCGCAACUCGGCGCUUUGACAACACUUCUUGGACUUUAUGAUCCUUCAGACCUCGCCAAUAUCGAGAAGAGAGCACACGAUGGUACAGACACAGCCACUGCUAAGAUUCCUGCCUUGAUCAACCUUAUCGACACGACUCCUUCCAUGACAGUAAGAGACGAACCCAAGGCUGGGCCAACGCUAUCUUUAGGCGCAUCUGCUGUUGAAGAGGUGACCACAACACCAAAAGACGACGCAAUACUCGCCACCGCAAACUUCCAGUCCACAAUCGCAGAAGUAGCAUAUCGCAGUGGAAGCAGCGAAUCCACCCAAUACGCCCAGACCAUAGAGCAAAUCUUCUCCAAAAUCUCCGCAAGUACAGACAACCCAGCUAGCUCCGAACUCGCCGUCGCCAACAUACACUCUUCCUACGCCGACGCGCUCAUCGACCUCGCAUCCGCACUGGCCGAUGGCACACAGUACACCCCUUCCUCGCCAUCCUUCGCUACCGACGUCGAAAUCCAGUGGACUGCACUCACACAAGCACAAACACUCCUCACAAAACUAGCUGCUGUACCGUACACUUCAGUGCUCACGGCCUCCCGACUAGCCGACAUCUUUCUCGCGCGCGGCGACGUCGAUCUGUUCCGCUUCAGAAUCGGGUUAUUCGAGUCAGCAAAGCCAGCCUGGGUGAAGAGUAAGUCUGUUCUGAUCGGCAAUUCUGGGGUGUUUUAUCGGGGCGCGAGGACGUAUGCGGAGAAAGCUGGGGCGGUGGAAGUGCGGAGCACGGCUGAUGCGAAGGCGAUUGUGGCGGAGGUAUUGAAGGCGGUUACGAGCGGCGAGAAAGAGGCAAAGGCGCAUUGGAAGGGACGGGGUGCGGACGUAAGCAAGGUGUUGGAGCAGAUGGUUGAAGAGGGUGUUGUGGGUCGGGAGAAUGUUGAGGACGAGCCAGAUGGUAGUACCCUGGGCGAAGGCAACGGCGGACCCGUGCAAGGUGUCGUCAGUGACGAACCACAUCGCCCGCAGCCCAGCCAAGACCUGCUACAGUUCUUCCCCUCCCUCAGCCAGUACACGACCUGGAUCAAAUGGGCCGAAAACCGUAUGCAAACACUGUCGCGAUCUGAACCCACCGCCGAACAGUCGCAUGUUUCAACACAAGCAGAGAUACGCAAUCUGACUGCGAAGAUCAAGUUGCAAGAUGAGAGAAUGGCCAAGCUACGCAGAGAGAAGAGUGCGCAAGUUCAGGCACUUUUGGACAGUCGUGUAGAGAAACAAGACUGGUUCGAUGAACAGAUGGCCACCCUCGUGACGCGGGCACAAGAGAUUAAGGAGAUGGAGAUGGCAGCAGCGCGCCCUAAAACCGGACCUAAGGCAGACCAGUCCCUUCUCGAAGCCGUCUCGAAUCUCGGAAAAGUAACAGAAAAAGCCCGGCGAGACAUGAGUAACCUGGUGGCGGGUAAGAACAGACCGGAGCAGGCGUUCACCAAGUGGGAGACCACGUACUGCAAACCCAGCCUGGACAUCUUACAUCUUGCCAAGCAGAUAAAGCAAGACCAAGAGUCUCACCAGAAGCAACUUGCUGAGCAACUUGCCAAUCUUGUCCGUCGCGAGGAAACAACCAAGUACCUCGAAGACUUCAACAGCCGUACUGCUGCUAGCCGCGAGAAAAGUAUCGAAAAGAAAGCACGAGAGUUUGAGGAAGAACAAGAAGAGUGGCGCCUCCAGCGAGCCAUGAAUCUGGCAGGUGAAGAACUAAAGAUAGUGGAAGAGAAGUGGAACAAGCUUCAUAAACAGGCAUUCAAAGCACAGAUCUGGGACGAGGCGAAGAAAGCCAACAUCGCUGCCGCUGAAAAAAGUCUCGAACUCAAACACAAGAAAAAUUGCUCGGAAUGGUACAAGAGCGGUAGGGUUCUUGGACAUGACGAGGGACUAAAGCAGGGUCGAGUAGAUACUCUUAGGGAGUUCAAGGCACAGCUUGACGCCGCUCAUGCGAGUGGAUACGGAAAAGCCCUAGAGUCCCAAGCGACAGAAAAUGCGGACAGUAUCAGAGUGUCAUACGAGGAGGGUGAGCGACUAGGCCGCGAAACAGCCGCUGCUGAGUACGAGAUAGCCAUCGACAUAGCCAUCGAUACGGCGUGGCAGGAAGCUUAUCGAAAGGGCCGCGAAGCAGCCACUGCUGAGCAUGAGACAGCCAUCGCGGUAGCCACCGAUACGGCGUAUAAUGAUGGUCAGCGAAAAGGCCGCAAAACAGCAGCUACCGAGUCCAAAAACGCCAUCGAGGCGGCGUAUUGCAAAGGCAUACAUUGCGGUGUGCAGAUGCCCGACUGGAGAUAUAAUACUGAACUCUUCGAAGACGACGGCGCUGUCGACGAGCAUCAUCCGUACUGGUGGGGCAGAUUGGUGGCAUUAAAUAUCGACUCAUUGGGCGUGUGA